GAAUCGCUUGGUUCGCUAUUUGUUGUGUGCGCCCAUUCGCGUCGCUUUGGCUUUCGGCUUGGGUACUGUUAGCCGGCUAACUUAGAAUUUCAUUUAAUUCCAAUUCCUCUCAAGUGUUUACUGCUGCUGCGGUUGUUUAUUAUAAUCCAAUAAAACAAAUUAGUUUCAAAAAUUAAGAAAUCCGCAAGUUCCAACUCUAUCGGCGAAAAUGACAAUUCACGUGUCGCAGGAUAUGAUUAGCAGUGUGACGGAUCCGAUUACCGGUGAGCUCGCGCAUAUACACCGUUUUACUUUGGUGAACGAUGUCACCAAUAUGUAUGUGCAGGUCAUAUCUUAUGGUGCCGCCAUCUUUUCUCUCAGAAUUCCAGAUGAAUCCGGCAAACUGGAAGACGUGGUUAUGGGCUUCGAUUUAAUAGAAGAAUAUGAAGAUUGCGGUAAUCCGUAUUUUGGCGCCACCGUUGGACGUGUUUGUAAUCGUCUUUCAUACGGCAGUUUCUUUAUUUACGACAAAGAAGUACAAGUUACCCAAAAUCAUGGCAUUCAUCAUUUGCAUGGCGGCAAUAUUGGUUUCGAUAAAAUACCAUGGAAUCUGAAGGAAAUCCACGAAAAUGGUGUGACUUUCUGUCAUCGUUCACCGGACGGUCACGAGGGUUAUCCGGGUGAACUCUUUUGUACUGUGCGUUAUACAAUACACGAAGAUAAUACUUUGCGUGUUUAUAUGACGGCAAAAACAACAAUGACCACAAUAGUGAAUAUGACAAAUCAUUCGUACUUCAAUUUGGCUGGACAUGAUGCCGGCCGAGAUGCUCUUUAUCAGCACACUGUUUCGAUAUUUGCGCGUGAAAUAACCCAAACAAAUGAUGAAUGUAUACCAACAGGGGUCUAUCUUCCUGUCAUCCACACCCCCUAUGACUUUCGUUGUGGAGAAAAUUUGGGUCGGCGUAUACGUAAAAUUGAAGAUAGAAAAUUGGGUUUCGAUGACAACUUUUGUGUGACACGCGAUGAAUUGGGUCCAAAGGAUAUCACCAGAGUGGCAAAAGUUAUCCACCAGCCGACCGGUCGUUGGAUGGAGGUCUAUAGCAAUCAGCCAGGCGUACAAUUCUAUACCGGCAACUUUCUGCCAGAUGAGCGAAAGGGCGAGAAACUCCUCAAGGGCAGAGACAGAACAACUUACCAAAAACAUGGCGCAUUCUGUCUGGAGACACAAGGGUAUCCCGACGCACCCAAUCACGUCCACUUUCCACGGAUUAUGUUGAGACCCGGCGAGUUGUAUGAGCAUUGGGUUAACUAUAAAUUCGGCACGUUAAGGAAUAAGGCACCAAUAACACGGCUAAGCGAAUUGGAUGACAUUGAGUACAUUGAUGUGAGCAUUGGUGAAGGCAAUGCCGAAAAUAUAGACGAUGAUGUCUAUGAAGAUAUGCCUGCAGAUGCCGAGAGUACGACUAAGACCACCGUAGAACAGACCGAGAAACCGCAAAGUUCUGGCGCCAUAAAGAAGCAGGAAAAGAAAGAAACAAGUGAAGUUAAAAAAGAGGCUGCUACGACUGCAGCAGCUGCUGUAAAAGCGGCGGUGAAACCGGCUGAAAAAGCAAAAACAGUGGCUAAAGGAAGGAUUGAGGUUGCAGUUACGGUUGAGAAAGAGCCUAAAGAAGAGCUCACUAAAGAACCUAAAAAAUAUAAAGUAGACGCUGAAGAAUGUGUGGGUGCAGCAGCAGUAGCAGCUGGUGCUGCGGCUGAGGGGGAAGCCGAAGAAGGGGAUGAAGAGCUACAGGGUGCUUGCGGUGGUGAACCAAAGAAAACCACAAAGAAAUAAUGCUUAAAAUACGGAAUUAAUAUACAAACAAUGAAUAUCUUAAAGUAUGGCAUAAUUUUAUGAAAAUAUUUUAGCAAUUCCACAAUCACAAAAUUAAAUAUUAAAAAUUAAAAAUUAAAUGAUAAUUAGUGCGCGUGAAAAUAAAUUAGAACUUGAAGUCUAUUCGAAAAAUAAA